AUGAGAAGAGUGGCUGGUGCAUUUGCUCUUCAAUUACGACUGGUCCGCGAGUUGGAAAAGAAAUUCAGCCGCCAUGUCAUCUUCCUUGCCCAGCGGAGGAUUUUGGCUAAGCCCACCCGCCGAUCCCGUCAGAAGCAGCUCCGGCCACGCAGCCGCACCCUGACCCAUGUCCACGACUCCAUCCUGGAGGAUCUGGUGUACCCCGCUGAGAUUGUCGGACGCCGCACUCGUGUCAAGCUGGAUGGUAGCCAUUUUAUCAAAGUUCACCUUGACAAGGCCCAGCAGACCAACCUCGAGCACAAGCUUGAGACCGUCACCAUGGUCACCGGCGUCUACAAGAGGCUCACCGGCAAGGAUGUUACCUUUGCGUUCCCUGCUCUAGAAUAG